CCCUCCGGUUGCUGGGGGCGGGGUCUCCGGUUUCACGGCCCCUCCUCCUCCAUGGCCAGCUGAUGGUUUAACGCUCCCGCCGCCCGGGCUCCAUGGCGCCGAUCCUCCGCUCCCGGGCUGUGCUGCUGCUUGUCCUGGUGUCGCUGGGCCUGGUGAGGGCGGCGGCGGGAAGGAGGCUGCACUUUGUCAACCUGAUUUAUCGCCACGGGGACCGCUCACCGAUCAAUAUAUACCCUACAGAUCCAAAUACAGAGGAGGACUGGCUGCAAGGUUUCGGGCAGCUUACUCAGGUUGGGAUGAGGCAGCAGUUUGAGCUGGGCCAGUUUCUGCGAAAACGUUACAAAGAUUUCCUCAGCUCGUCAUAUGACCGACAAGAGAUUUACGUCCGGAGUACAGAUAUCGACCGAACUCUGAUGAGUGCUCAAGCAGAUCUCGCUGGUCUGUACCCUCCACAUGGACAUCAGAUCUUCCAUCCUGAUCUUAACUGGCAGCCCAUCCCUGUGCAUACAGUGCCUUUGAAAGAUGAAAAGCUCCUCAAGUUCCCAUUAUCAAACUGCCCUCGCUACGAGAAGCUUUUGAACGAGUCACUGAACAGCAAAAUAAUUGAAGAAACUUUGAAGGAAAACCAGGAUUUUUUUGACAUGCUGUCUGAAAAGAGCAAGCUUAAGGUGAUGUUCAACAAUGUGUGGAAACUAUAUGAUACCCUGCUUUGUGAAAAAAUCCAUAAUUUCACUCUGCCUUCCUGGGUGACACCAAAAGUGAUUGCUCGUCUGGCACAUCUGAACAACUUGGGCAUGGAAUUUCUCUUCCGCCUGCAUGGAAAGCGGGAUAAAUCGCGGCUGCAAGGCGGCGUGCUCCUCAAACAAAUCCUCGAAAAUGUUACUCGUUCAAUAAAUGUGACCAAUUCCACUCCCCGUCUCAAAAUGAUCAUGUAUUCAGCGCAUGACACAACACUUGUAGCACUUCAGAUGGCAUUGAAUGUGUACUCUGGCACCAUUCCUUCCUAUGCUUCCUGUCACAUGUUUGAGCUGUACCAAGAGGAUGAUGGGUCCUUCACAUUGGACAUGUACUUCAGGAAUGAUACUAGUACUGAGCCUCACCUGCUUGUUCUGCCAUCCUGCUCUGAGCACUGUCCCUUAGAAACAUUUAUCCAAAACACCAAAGAUCUGAUCUCUGACGACCGAGACGAAGAGUGCAAGUUCACCAGUCCAGCUCCCUCAAGUAUUCAGACAGAGAGGAUUGUGAUUGCAGUAUUGUCCGUCUGCCUGCUCUUGCUGAUCUUGAUGCUGAUUGCCCUGUACUGCUUCUGGAAGCGGAAGACUCGCCAUCACAGAGUUCCUUCCAAUAGUGAAGAGCUGGCCUGACAGUCAAUGGCAUUGUUGCCACACCCCAGCAUGGAGGAAGAGUGACUGAUUUAACCACUUCCUUGCCAAAUUAUCAGACUUCUAAUUACUGAAUGGGAAGGGCAAGCUUGCUUUGAAUUGAGAGUGUUUUGUACUUAGCUAAGAAAUUUGUUUUGUUUUAUUAUUAUCAUUGAGGUUGUGGGGUGUAUUCCUUAUUUUUGUAAUCAGUGAUUGGACCAACCCUACCCUUGACUCCAAUGCCAUCCUCCACCUGCUUCACACUUUGUUGUUGACCCUCUCGCCCACCCCCACGCUUUGAGUGGGGAGCCUUAUGUGGCACUGGCUGCCACAGGAUGUUACUUUUAUACCUUCUGUCCUCUCUGCCAUAAAGAUUGCCUACUUUGACCUCUCUAACAUUGUCUUUCUCUGCCUUUGUCUUAGUUUUUUUGGUUUCAAUAUCCUCUUCCCGAAUGCCUUUAACAUUGCCAGCUCCAUUUAUGCUGAUGCACUUCUGUAUGAGACUAGGGUCCACUAAUGCCUUGAAUUUACAGUUUCUCAUCCCUUUGUAUGAACCACUUAAUGGCAUCUUUCCCCUUCCUAUGUGUGUAACUUCCUCAAGCUCAAUAACCCCCAAAAAUCUCAACUCUCCAUUUCUGUUUUUGUCCCUUUGUGUAUCCUCCCAGUUGGGGUCAUGCUUUCAAACACCAAGACUCCACAUUUUGAAGUUUCCUUCUAAACGUCUCCUCCUGAAAAAGCAUCACUUGAACUAAUAUUUGAUCCCUCCUUGUAAAACUUCCGCUGGCUGAGACCUCCCUCAGGACACUGGAGUUGGACUUUAACUUUGGAUGUGCUAUCUGCUGUGUAAGUGUCAGUUAUUAGACCUGCAGUGUUCAGUGAGCUUCACUGUGGAUCUCAAAAGUACUCCUCCAACAAGCCUCUGAGGCGGCUGCAGUGAAGGGUUGUUUGUACAUGAUAUUGCUAACAGAUUGUAGCUUGAUUUGACACAAUUAACAAUGGCCAUAAUUUUAAUUUUGCAAAACAAGAAAACUGACAAUAUAUUGGGAAAACUUGUUUGAGCAGUAUCCAAAAAAUGAGCUGAAAAAGAUUAGCUCCUUGCUUAUGAUCCCAUCACAUGAACAUUUUUAUCAAACUACAGUAUUAGCUGUACUGUACUUUUCCCUUCGUGUAUUUUAUUUCAGUAUCUUUGAGGACUCUUGGUCACUUGGGAAGAGCCUGCCCUGACACCAAUGACUAGCCCUGUUUCCACUCUGCACGACCUUGUGGGAAACCAGCCCCUGCUGGGAUCCUACCUUACGUUAUACGAGAGGAGCAUGUUGGAAUGACACUGUAAGAUUGCAGCAGUGUGGCAAUGCAAUGCAAUACUCUCGAACUGAAGUCAGAACUCCAGACUCUCUUGUUCAGCACUCAAAGAACAAAGAAAAUGACAGCACAGGAACAGGCCCUUCAACCUUCCAAACUGCGCUGAUCCAGAUCCUCGAUCUAAACCUGUUGCCUAUUUUCUAAGGGUCUAUAUCCUUCUGCUCCCUGCCCAUUCAUGUAUCUGUCUAGCUGCAUCUAAAAUGACACUAUCGUGUCCGUCUCUACCACCUCCACUAGUAACACGUUCCAGGCACCCACACCCCUCUGAGUAAAGAGCUUUCCAUGCAUAUCUCUCUAAACUUUUCCCCUCUCACAUUGAACUCGUGACCCCUAAUAAUUCCCCAUUCUGGGAAAAAGCUUCCUGCUAUCCACCCUGUUUAUACCUCUCAUGAUUUUCUAGACCUCAAUCAUGUCCCCCCUCAACCUCCAUCUUUCUAAUGAAAAUAAUGCUAACCUCUCUUCAUAGCUCACGCCCUCCAUACCAGGCAACACCCUGUUGAAUCUUCUCUGCACCCUCUCCAAAGCAUCCACAUCCUUUUGGUAAUGUGGUGACCAGAACUGUACACAGUAUUCCAAAUGUGGCUGAACCAAAGUCCUAAACAACUGUAACAUAACCUGCCAACUCUUGUACUCACUACCCCGUCAGAUGAAGGAAAGCAUACCGCAUGCCUUCUUGACCACUCUAUUGACCUGCGUUGCCAUCUUCAGGGAACAAUGGACCUGAACACCCAGAUCUCCCUGUGCAUCAAUUUUCCCUGAACUUUUCCUUUUUCUGUAGUUUGCUGUUGAAUUGGAUCUUCCAAAACGCAUCACCAAGCAAUUGUCCGGAUUGAACUCCAUCUGCCAUUUCUCUGCCCAACUCCAAUCUAUCUAUAUUCUGCUGUGUUCUCUGACAGUCCCCUUCACUAUCUGCUACUCCACCAAUCUUAAUGUCAUCUGCAAACUUGCUAAUCAGAUCACCUUUACCUUUCUCUAGAUCUUUUAUGUAUAUCACAACCAACAACGGUCCCAACACGGAUCCCUGAGGAACACCACUGGUCACAGGUCUCCAUUUUGAGAAACCCCCUUCCAUUACUACUCUCUGUCUCUUGUUGUCCAGCCAGUUCUUUAUCCAUCUAGCUAGUACACCCUGAACUCCACGCAACUUCACUUUCUCCAUCAGCCUACCAUGGGGAACCUUAUCAAACACCUUACUGAAUUCCAUGUAUAUGACAUCUCCAGUCCUUCCCUCAUCAAUCAACUUGGUCACUUCCUCAAAGAAUUCUAUUAAGUUGGUAAGACAUGACCUUCCCCACACAAAACCACGCUGCUUAUCACUGAUAAACCCAUUUUCUUCCAAAUGUAAAUAGAUCCUAUCCCUCCAUAUUUUCCCUAGCAACUUCAAUACACUGAUGUCAGGCUCACAGGUCUACUUAUCUGGAUUAUCCCUACUAACUUUCUUAAGCAAGGGGACAACAUUAGUAAUUCUCCAGUCCUCUGGGACCUCACUAUGUUUAAGGAUACCACAAAGAUAUCUGUUUAGGCUCCAGCUAUUUUCUCUCUCAUUUCCCUCAGUAACCUGGGAUAGAUCCCAUCCGAACGGGACUUAUCCAACUUAAUGGCUUUUAGAACGCCCGACAUUUCCUCCCUCCUUAUGCCGACUUGACCGAGAGUAAUCAAAUAUCUCUCCCUAACCUCAACAUCUGUCAUGUCCCUCUCCUCAGUGAGUACCAAUGCAAAGUAUUCAUUAAGAAUCUUACCUGUUUUCUCUGACUCUACACAUAACCUCCCUCUUCUGUCCUUGAGUGCGCCAGCCUUUUCCCUAGUUACCUUCUUGCUCCUUAUAUAUGAAGAAAAGGCUUUGGGAUUUCCUUAACCCUGUUUGCUAAAGAUAUUUCAUGACCCCUUUUAGCCCUCUUAAUUCAGAUUGGUCUACAUUCCCAGUAUUCUUCCAAAGCUUCGUCUGUCUUCAGUUGCCUUGACUUCAUACAUGCUUCCUUUUUCCUCUUAGCUGGUCUGUCAGCUAUUCCGGGUUGGCCAGUGGAUUAAUCUGCUCAAUACAGUGUGCCUGAGUGUUUGGUGCUCUGUCACUGUUCCAUCUCAGAACUAGGUCUCCAGUAUUGACAGUUCACUGUUUAUUUUAGUUUCUCUGCUAUCACCUUUCUGUAGUUGUAUUCUUGCCACUGUGCCUCAGUCAGAUUUGUAAAAGGCCACAUUGUUGUUCUCGAUCAUGUUCCAUGUCAUAACACUAGCUGAUUUAUUAAACAAAGAGUAGUUGAUCCAAUGAAAAGAUUAUUUUAAUAACUAAAAUAGUAAAUGGGAUCUCAAUAAGACCAUAAGAUGCAGAGGAGAACUAGGACAUUUAGCCUAAUGAGUUGACACUGCCGUUCAGUGAGAUCAUCUGAUAAUCAAAGUUUGGGAGAAGAUUUGUAGCUCUGGUGCUCGUUAUUGUGGUUCUGUUCGCUGAACUGGGAGUUUGUGUUGCAAAUGUUUCGUCCCCUGUCUAGGUGACAUCCUCAGUGCUUGGGAGCCUCCUGUGAAGCGCUUCUGUGAUGUUUCCUCCGGCAUUUAUAGUGGUUUGUCUCUGCCGCUUCCGGUUGUCAGUUCCAGCUGUCCGCUGCAGUGGCCGGUAUAUUGGGUCCAGGUCGAUGUGCUUAUUGAUUUGAAUCUGUGGAUGAGUGCCAUGCCUCUAGGAAUUCCCUAGGGGAUGUGGAAGCUUUGGAAAGGGUGCAGAGGAGAUUUACUAGGAUGUUGCCUGGUAUGGAGGGGAGGUCUUACGAGGAAAGGCUGAGGGAGUUGAGGCUGUUUUCAUUAGAGAAGAAGGUUGAGAGGUGACUUAAUAGAGACCUGUAAGAUAAUCAGAUGGUUAGAUAGGGUGGAACAGGGAGAGCCUUUUUCCAAGUAUGGUGAUGGCGAGCACGAGGGGCCAUAGCUUUAAAUUGAAGGGUGAUAGAUAGAGGACAGAUGUCAGAGGUAGUUUCUUUACUGAGAGAGUAGUAAUGCUUUGCCUGCAACGGUAGUAGAUUUGCCAACUUUGAGUCGUCAUUGGACAAGCAUAUGGACGUACAUGGAAUAGUGUAGGUUAGAUGGGCUUCAGAUUGUAUGACAGGUCGGCGCAACAUCGAGGGCCGAAGGGCCUGUACUGCGCUGUAAUGUUCUAUGCUCAAAAAUCCCAUUUCAUGCUAAUCUCAUCCAGUCCCACAAGCCCCAUCACUAUUUUACCAACUCAAGGGUUUUUCUUCAAUUAUCCAGCUCCCUUUGUCUUACUGUUGACUGGUCUAGUCUAAACUCUUGAGAUUUCCUCUCUAAACCUCUGGACCUUGCAAAUUUGCAACCUCUCGCCAUAUGUUUAAGAUGUCUGUAAAGACAUACCUUUUGGAUAUUUGAACUUUCUCUCCAGGAUUUUGUCCUCGCCACUUUCCUGCCUGCUGCUUUCUGUGGAGCAGGGUUUGUUUUUAAGCUGACAAAAAUAUUGAAGUAUUAAUUGUAAAAUUAAUUCCAGUUAUGUAUUGACCACCAUCAGGACGUUUUAAAUUGCUGAACCAUUAAACUUGAUUGCAUUUCCUGAAUGCCUUUGAAGAUUGUCACAGGUUUGGCUGGUGCCAUUUUCUGAUCCUGUCGGAGGCACAGCUCCCAAGAUAAUGUGUGACAGCUGAACCCAACCAACGAUGAAUAUCCAGACAGGUAUAAAGCGAAAGCAAUGUAUCAUGCUUUUUUAUUUUUGUAUUCAAUUGUAGUAAUGUCACUAAUGUUGUAAAUCAGUGAAAUCUGAUGUAUUGCACUAUGCUGCUG